AUGCGCCUUGGAAUGUGGCUUGGUGUUCUAUGUUGGCAAAUGGCCUUCGCAGCCUCUCCAUUAACUAUACUUGCACCCUGCCCAGCAGCGCCACCUACGCGAGGACUCAAGUCUAUCGUCGUCACUACUCAACUGCAAGAAGUUUCGACUUGUUCACCGAGCUCUCGAUGCGUUAGAGGGCGAUGCUCGACCUCUUAUCUAUGGGAAACCUAUGCCUAUAUCUCAACAGUGAUACCUUGUGCCUGGAACGGCACAAGAAGUCGAUUGACGACAGUUACGCGGACGGAUCAACUGAUUAUUGUGUCGGAAGCAUACAACACAGUCUUCAAAGCCUCUUCUACGGCCGCUGGUGGCCACUGGAAGUACUUUUAUCUGCAUUGGCCUGGGCAUGCCAAAGAACAAGAGCACGAACAGGAAGUUUUGACGAGGAGGGCAGUUGCACCCUUCAAAAAUAUCAGAUCGUUUGCAAUUCCUGGUUGGAACGGCAGCGAUUUGUACGGUAAAAGUGAGCUGGACAAUGACAGACUCCAACGCUUUGAACAAAAGGUUGAAGUCUUUGAAUGCCGCCUCUCAAAGCGAUGGCGAAAAUGUAAGGCAUGGCAGGAAGUUUGGGUUGCCCGCCCAGACCUCAUGUUCUCUACUUCCAUGAGCAUUCCUGUACAUACGAGUGUGAGAGUCCCCAGUCCAGGUCUCUACGUGUGGAAUUUCCCGCAAGUGAUUCCUUCAAAGGCUUUCACUGCGCGCACGAGUACUAUUACGUUCGUUGUAUCAAGUAGUUCCACGGUCACAAGUUUUAUACCCGCUCAAACCUAUACUGUUCCACUCCACUCAUGGACAGCACACGUUACAAGGACCUGUUCAGGCCCAACAAUACUGGAUUUCACGAUUUAUGUCACCACUACAAUCACUUAUACAAAUUUCUGCUACACUAGACCACCCACGACUUCACAUGACAUCAUGAUACCAUCGACCACGGCGUUGGACAUUGACCCGACUGAAUGGCCCCUGCCAGAUAGCUGGAUGAAGAAUCGCUUCAGCUUGUCCACAGGAAGCGAAGCUGGCUUCACUUACUCGAACAAUCUUUCAACAACGAAAUAUCGUGAAUCUCCGACAAGAAUGAGCCUGUAUCCUCCAUCUAACUCGACAGCUAGACCAUCGUCCAGGAGAGUACCUAGUCUGACAACUCAACGGAUGACUGUACCUCAACUAACCACACCGAAAAGUAGUAUUUUGUCAAGCCGAAGCCCACUUUCCAAAUCCAUUGCAUUGGCCACUUCGGCAGUAGCAAUUCCCGCACAAACAACUUCCAUGUCAGCACCCGCAUCUACAGCGAGGAACCCCAGCACUUCAACAUUGACUCAGAAACCCGCCGCUAUGCUAAUCAGCAUGACUUCAGCCAGCGAUAUCUUGAAGACCAGGAGUUUCACCAUGAACAUUGUCAUUUCGGCACGUAUUUCAACGCCUAUAGAAGCCUUCUAUAGUCCUGUGGUCACGACAGUACCAUCUAUAAAUUCCCAGGCGGCAACAGUGGCGGCUAUAUCAAAUCGGUCUUUGGCGGCUUCUCGGCUUAGUACCACUCUUUUGCAAACACUGCCAUCUUCCAAUGUCAUGUCAAUGUAUAGCGCGACCAGUUCAACAAUAUUUCCUUCGACAGGAGCGUCAGAUUCCAUCAAUUACACACCGAAAUCAUCCUCACCUGGAAUCAUCUCCUGCAGUACUGUAAACUCUGAGACCCAACCAAAUAUUCUACUCUCCAGCAUUAGCAUAUCUUUGUCAACCAGCUUCAGUACUGUUGACUUUACAUCAGGAUCAAGCAUUAGUAGCGCAUCGGCUGCGUCGCUUUGGCCCCGGGACUUCUCAACUGCAAGUGAAAGCGUAUCAUUAACAAUUGUUUCCACCGCAAGUUUUGCACUAACAACAGCUUCAUACAGUUCAAGUUUAUCAACAACGACAUAUGUAUCUUAUCACUCUUCAGGUCGGACAUCGAGCACUACGUUAGCUAAUAUGAACACAGGAUCCACUACCUCUUUCUUUGACAUUUCUGACAAAUCGAGCUCAAGUACUUCUCGUGCGAUUGAGCUCAACUAUUCACAAUCUACAAGUCUUACCACUAGCCUCUCUACCACACUUCCGUCAGGUUUAUAUUUCUCUGAUGCUAGCGGCGUUUCAUCAAAAGCAGGCGCCUCGGCUGCGGCACAAUCUCUGUCCUCAGUGAUCGCCGACACACCAACCACCGCAAUCAGUAUUAGCUCAAGUUCGUCCCCUCCCACCAGCGACACCACCCAAUCAAGUGACACAGUUGCAACACCUUCAUCUACAUUGCCCAGCUCGACUUACACUUCCAUUAGUAUACCUUCAACCACAGAACAGCGGAUCCAGCCUCCGAGGUCUUCCAGCACAGCCUCGCCUACUAAUAAUCCUACUGUAACUCCUAGUGCUACUCGAGACGGCAUAACUCAGGCAGUAUUCUCUUCAUCUUCUCAAAAUCCUCUUAUUUCUUCAGGAUUAGUCGCACCUAGCAAUCUUCAGACAUUCACAACUUCGCUGGCUAGCUUUCAGACAAGCUAUAGCUCCACACAAUCUACGUCCUCAAGUGAGGCCACCGCUAAUACUCCUGUAUCAGAUGGCACCAGAAUUGCCACUUCUGAAACUCAGUCACCAGGAUCAUCUACUACUUCUAGUACCUCUAAUACUGUCUUCUCCAGCGGAACUAGCCUGACGCCCAAUGGCUUGUUUUUUCCAUCAAGCUUACAGUCUUCUAGGAGCUUAGCUGCAAAUUACGCACGAUCCGAGACCACAAACCCAGGUGCAUAUACACCUUCUCAGUCUACCUCUACCUUUUAUGUCACUUUAUCCAGCUCUAGCUCUACCUAUGGCAGGAGCACCGAUAGUUCAAUUAGCAGAGCUUCAACAUCAGCAUCCUUUACCGAAGCUAGCACUUCCUUAUCUUUACCCUUGUCCAUCCAGCUCACGAAUACAUUGGAUACAUCGAGCGAGAGUCGCUCUUACACCAGCAGUGGGAAUUUGAAAUCAGCUACGGCCAGCAGCACCAGCGUCGCAGGAACAAAGACCUCGGAUAUUUUAUUGUCCACAUCCACACAGGGUUAUACUUCCACCGUCUCGCCAUCGCCAAUUCUUGUAAUCAGUGUCAGCACUACUUCCACAGCAACGCCAUCUUCCUUCGAUACUGCCAGCACCAAUGCGUCAUCGGGGCUUACUUCUUCUACAAGCUUUUCAAGCAGCUCUCAUUUGGCUACAACGACUAUUAUAAUAAGAAGUACCUGGGAUAGCUUUCUCUCGUCUGGAUACAUAAGUUCACAUUUUGAUUUGGAACUCUCGGCUACUAUGUCGACAGAGCUGUCGACUUCAUUAGAUCAUUUCACAGACUUCACUGGGACGAUUUUGUCUACCUCAAGCAGCAACAGCUUAAGAGGAUCUGCCGAUACAAGGAGUAGUACUACUAGUGGCGGAACUACAGGCUUUGUAACAGUGACCACCCCGAGUAGUACAGGCGAAUAUACCCCAAGCCGCAGUCAUCAGGGCAGUGUGUCAUUUCAGAUCACCUCUACAUCAACGACCUCAACAAUAAUUCACUCAGUUUCUGUUGACAGUGCCAUAAUGUCAUCUACGACACCUCUUCGAAGCAGCCUAUCUAGCUCUUUACCCUCAUUCACCAGAGAUUCUUCAACCGCAGCAAGCACCAGAUCCUCCGAUAGUACCACUGACUCGGCUUCCACCUCUCUGUCUAGCCGUACAUCUAGUGAUGCCUCGUCAUUCCAAGAUAUAUCACUUAAAACAAGUACUGAGGCCUCUGAUAUCACCCGUAGCACGACUGGACCAUCCUCGCAAGCAGAGCAAGGACCAUCUUCUAGCUCUAUCAGUUCUACUUCCUCGUCAUCAUUAAGAUCUAUCGAUCAACAGGACCUCAGCUCUAGUGGCGUUGCAAUGACAUCGACCAACGUUCAGUCCCCGUCAACAACAAGUAACUAUUUGACGUUAACCACGGGAAAUAGUCUGACAUCAAUCACAAGUCGAUACAUAACGACAGAAGUCCCUACCAGCAUUAGCAGUUCGGUGGGCUCGGAAAACUCUUUUAACACCGCUGCUUCAGGAGAUGGAGAGUCACCAGCUCCUCCAAUAACGACGAGCAUGGAGUUGAGUAGAACUCUUUUCAUUACAACUGAUGCCGCUUCUAGCCUCUCCAAGGCUUCGAGCUUGAAGGACUUGUUGAACUCUAUUCUUUCAAGCGAUACAACGUCAUUUCAAAAUCCACUAUCCACUACCCAAAAUACAAAUUUUUCCGGCAGCAGCAGCACAUCUCCCAGUACUAGUGUCUCUGAAAUCAGAGGUACUAGUAGCAGUACCUCGUCUAGUUCGUAUAGUCAGCUGAGCUCUGAAACGCCUUUAACAUUUUUGACGAGUAUAACGGUAUCAAGCACCGAAAAGGUGACCACAACUUCGCAAGAAAUCAACAACAAUCCCAGCUCCAGUCUUGAAAUAACUUCAGAUACCUCGAUCAAAGUGACUUCUACUUUUACUCCCCUCUACACGUCUCUUACAUCCACGGAAACCACGGAGACAGCUAGUUCAUCGGUAAUAACGAACUUAACUUACACCACGCGCGUGUCUACGUUCGUAGAUAGUUCAAGCACUUCCACUGAUUCAACAAGCUCUACAAAGACCUCUUCACUUGAGCAGCUCUCAACCACAACAUCUGGUCCUCAAGAAGCCACGAACACUCUCUCGACAAUGAGAAUGAUGACCUCUGAGACCCCCACUAGUGAAGCCUCAAGUAGCACCUCGAGUCAAGGCACAAGCUCAAUGAGUACUCUAGAUGUCUCGGCAACCACCGAGUCAUCUUCCUUGGCCCCCAGCUUCUACUUUAUUUCCGCAACAAUAGCAACUUCUACAAACGAAAUUAAAAUCUCCAGUACUUACAGCACAUUUCUCUCAAGUACGAGUAGUGCAAGCUCAGAUGUUACUACACCAACACUUCCUGGGAGUUCUGACACCUCAUAUGUGACUACCCGAACAUCAGAUGAGCCUGUCAGCAGGACUAGCUCUACAACAAUUUCCGAAAUAUUAACGACCCGAACCACUGGGUUCAGCUCUUUUUUUGACUCCACCACCUUGAUCACUACCUCUACAAGUCCAACAGUAUCGUUGGCCAAUGAUAUCACUAUUCACAGCUCUUCAAUACUCGGAGCGGAUAUGACUUCAAGCUCCUUAUUCUAUAUUUCUCCAUCAACAAGUUCACUUCUGACGUCCUCUUUUGCGACUUCAACUGUAACGGAUACAGUAUCAUCGACCACCGCUGGCAGUUUCAGUACAGAUAUGGUAAUGACGACAGCUAGAACCACUACGUAUGGAACAAUCGUCUCAUCUGUCAAAAGCAAAAGUGAUCUGAGUACAACGUCAGACCGAUAUUUGAGUUCCGCUUCAACAACAGAGGCGGUGACAACAGUCUCAUACAAUAUGGCAAACUCUGCUUCAUCUGGCCACACAACAUACUCAUUAAGCGCAGGACAAUCGAAUACAAAGGAUUCAACCCUCUCAGACAGACCAAUUACAACUUCGACUUGGCUGGCUUCGUCCAGUUCAAGCGAUUCAGCAACAAUCAUUACACGCGGAUCCCUGACAACAACUACAAUUGAUUCUUCAGUCCAAGGCGUCGGUGACUCUUCUAUAAUCUCCAAACUCUCUACAGCGAUAAUUUCCACAACUCCGGGCUCGCUCUCGCAGACCCCAACAACAGCUACAGAGAGUCCACAAUCUACUGCGAGCUCGGCCUUUUCUAUUGCCCCCACCAGCAGCUUCCAGACAACGAGCACCACUGAAUUCACUAGUUACUCAGCCAUGGACUCUAGCACCUCAGAUUAUUCAUCAGAUAAAAACCGUUCCCGUACGACUGAAACCACUUCAUUCACGAGCUCGACAUAUGGGUCAUCAACUACAAACACUGUAUCUGGCACAGAUACCACAUCUGUGAGCUCAACAAUCAUGCCUGAUGCGACUAGCACAACUAUUAUCAGUAGCAGCCCCGAGAAGACCAGUUCCACGUACCAGUACAUUACAACGACUCAAUCAACCGAAUCUGCUCCAGUUUCAUCCCUCUUCACUGCACAGCCGACCGAGAUAGGCACAUCUAUGGCUACUUCUAGUGAGGGAUAUAACUCAUUCUCUGAAUAUCCAAGCAUGAACAAUAAUGAACAAAGCUUCACUGACAUGAGGUCAUCAUCAAAUUCUCAAGAACCGUCCUUUUCAAUUGAUUUGCCAUCCUCCACUACGAAACUAAUUACCUCCACGUUUGAACAAUUGUCUUUCGUUACUACGACAACGGCAACAAUGGCACUCCCGUCGACUCCUGAGCUAUUUUCGUCGCCAUUAGAGCAAGUGUCAUCUUUAUCGAUUGUCCUCACUAGUUCAAUGCUCAUCGGUUCUCAACCAGGUUCAACCUCAAGUAAAAGGGGUGCAGAGUACACUAGUAGCAGCUACACAACUGAGUCAUCGACCAACCAGGCCACUGGAACCAGUUCCUCAAGAUUAAUUUCUAGUACGUCAACAGAUGUUCUGUCAAGUGCAACUAUUACUUCUUCUAGUAGCUAUGUCUCAUUAGUUUCGUCCUCCACUUACCCUCAGUACAUUUCUUCAACUGCGCCCGUGGAAUCUGCGACGACAACUUCAACAAUAUCCGCGUUUGAUACGACAGCUACAUCUAUUUCCUCUUUGUAUAGUGAUAGUUCUUCGACCGACCUUGCCAUCUCCAUAAGUGCUGGUGCCUCUUCUUCCACUAUGACAGAGCCUUUCUCAACAACGCAAGGUGGUUCAUGGUCCUCUGCACCUGCGCAAACCACAACUAGAAAUGAGUUAGCAAGCUCAGUCUCAGUGGAAACCUCCUCAACUACCGCAUAUGAGGUAACAAGCACAACGAUUCGGCAAACUACUGUAAGCGAUGCAAGUUCCAGUGGUUCAAAUAUCAUGAAGCACACUGAAGAAGGCAAUUCAAUAUCGGAAUCAACGGCCACGAGUGCUGCAACAAGGUUUUUGAGCAGUACGUUGGCUUCAUUCACAAGCACACCAGGCGAAUAUACAACAGCUACUUCUGGGAUUAGCUCAUCGGACAUCAUGGGUAGAACAUCAACCGAGACAUUGACAACUGCAACGUUGAGUGAACUCCUAUCUUCGACCUCGCAGCUUGGAACAACGACUACCUCACCCCCUGCAGUCUCAGUCAUUUUUUCAACUCAGACGACAAUCUCAUCCUCGGAAGACGUUUCACCUGUCGCUCAAUCAACCGCAUCAUUCACUCCAUCAAGGCUAGCUACCACCACUACGUCUCCUGCUGGAUUUAUGACGCAGUUUAACACCGCAUUGAUUAGCCUGUCGACGAUCUCAUCAACUUUAUCGUCAAAAUCUUCCACUCUGUCAGAGACUAUCUCGUCAAUGUCUAGCUCCUUGACUACUACACUCAUAACUGUUACUACCAUUACCUCGUCUAGCGAAGUUGAAAGUAGUGUGGCGGCAUCUUCGAGUCUGGACUCGGUAACUACGCCAAAUUCUGGCAUAUUUACCAUAUCGACAUCGGCCGCAACACUAACCUCUACAGCUAGUUUUAAGGCUAUCUUUGACACUUCAACAACAAGUUCAUCGGCGACAGAGACUUACACGACAGAGGCUUCCACGACAAGUACCUCUUCGGGAACCACAAGUGCAUUUCCUUCAACAACGGAAUCUGUGACGUCUAGUAUAAUGACUAGUAUGACGACUGGUGGUACCAUGACGGCCUCCACAGAGACCCCAACAACGAUAUAUGCUCCAACCUUGAGAUCAAGUGUGGCAUUGAGCUCUCUCACUACUGCUUCAGUAAUUUAUGCUUCAGACUCUUCUUCUGUCGGUACUUCAACGUCUGAUAGUUUCUUGGUCUCCUUCACCAUCAUGUCCACAGCAACGUCUUUUAAUCAGACGUUCGAAACACAGUCGUUGUCAAGCCUUUCUACAUCUUCUCUAUUGGGUGCAGUCUCCACACUCACUACCUCUGCAAGCUCUGUAUUUAGCUCCAGACUUCCAAGCUCGAGUACGUCUUCAGCUUCUACCACGAGUUUUGGAGCAUCGUCACUAUAUUCGACUUCUAGGUCGACAUUGAGAUCUUCUUCCGAAAAUAUUGGGACUUCUUCCACGUCAUAUAGCACCGCGAGUUUUGAUUCAUCCACGACAUUCGGUUCCUUUCAAGGCAGCACAAACACGCCCUCCAGUGCAGGAAGCUCAGCUUCAUUGCCUUUCAUAACCUCAAACAGUGCUACAGCCUCUAAUUUAAGUCAAAACACAACUAUAAGAGUGUCCACAAAUUUGUCUUCAGUCUCUGGAACAGGCCCGAGCCUUGUGACGAGCUUGACUAACCUAGCAAGUUCGAUCAGCAUUCAUGCAUCAGAUAUUUCUACCACUUUGUCAAGCUCGAACGGUCUAACAGGCUCUGGUACUUUAACAAGUUCGAGCGUCUCCGUUACUUCAAGCAGCGCUACGAGCUAUACCACAAUAUCCACCAAUGCAGCCAGUUCAGGCACAUCUACGCUCCCGACCACGAAGAGUUCAACCAUUACCUUGCCUUCCAGCUCUAGUACUUCAGAUACUACAACUUCGAGCUCUUCUACGGUAAUAAUAAGCUUUAGUUCAAUUAUCAUCUCCAGCUCUACAGUAACAGGGUCUACUACUACUACCACCACCACCACCACCACCACCACCACAGGAUUAGUGACUUCAACCCUGAAAGCAGCAAGCACCAGCACAACAGGCUCCAGCACAACGGUUUCUAUUCUAUCGACAAGUCUAAGUGCCAUAGCCAUAAGCUCUAAUGUCGUUACCACAAGUUCAGACGCUCCAACAUCUUCAAGCAUGUCCUCUUCAAUCAGGGCGUCUUCAAGCAUAACGACAACUUCAGACACAACAGCUUCUGGCUCAGCGACUUCGAGCUCAGACACUCUACCGAUUUCAAGCACAACAGCUCUAAGCACAAUGACUUCAAGUACCACGAGCUUAGGGACGAAAACUUCGAUUGCCUCAAGCUCCGAUUCUGUCAGCUUUAGUGCUUCAAGUUUCAGUGCCCCAGACUCGAGUACUACUGCGAAUUUAAGUGUUGUCACCAGUUCGAGCAUCACACCCAGUGCCUCAAGUACUCCUCUAAGUACUUCCACUCUCUCUUCUACAGCCCCUACCUCGAGUCCUAGCACUCCUUCUACUUCCAAUCCUACUACUACCACUAGUACAUCCCUUUUGUCGAGUUCAUCCGCUCCCACUAGCUCCGACAUUAGUACGAGUGUCGCUACUACUACAAGGACAACCUCCGCUUCGAUUAAUUCAACAACCACUGGCUCUAGUGCAGCCUCGUUUUUGAGUACUUCUACUACUAGUACCUCGAGUGCUAGUACUACUUUCAAGACCGUUACCACCCCUGUUUCUACCCCUAUCGCAGCUUUCCCCUUGAACACAUCCACUACCACUGGGUCCAUUACUAGUUCUACUCCCUUCUCUACCACUAUAAUGAGCUCAAGUACUACUACUUCGUCUACUUCAGCUACAUCUUCUCUUACCACUACCUCUUCUACUACAACUAUCGCAACAUCUACUAGAAGCUCUACUUCUUCCGCUAGUAGCUCUCCCAGCAGCUCUAGUGACUCCUCCACUUCUACUAGUUCUACCACAAGCAUAGUGUUUACUGCUACAAAUACCGCUAUUGGCACGACCACCACCACCACGACGUCAAUCUCACAAACCACUAGUCCAGCGAAGAUAACUACAACGACUAAACGGAACUAA